CAAUUAUUUAUUUUUCUGCAAUAAUUCUACUUCUAGAACCUAAAUUUUGAAAGCCUACUAAUUUUUCAGAAUUAAUUCGAGACCCCACUUUUUCUCCCCUUCCUACCUACGGUUACUUUUUGCUUAAACUUUAAAAGUUGUUUGAAAAUUUUUGCUGAAACUUGUAAAAUUUGUUUGAAGUUCGUAUAUCUCUCACAUAUUGCAAGGUUUCUUAAUUAUUUUAUUGAAUUUCCUACAUAAAUGCAUUCAAAUAUGAGUUGACAUUAUUGGAAAAGAUCCGUCAUCCUAAAGUAGUUCAGUUUUUUGGUGUCGUUACUCAGAAUUUGCCUAUGGUGAUUGUUUCUGAAUACCAUCCGAAGGAACGUGUUGAUGUAAAAUCUUUCAGUUUUGAUGGAUCUUAUUACAAGCUUUCAACUCUUCUUAGCACGACUUCUGACAGAACAAAGGGAACAAAAAUGAACAACGCAAAUCAACAUCAAGAGCAAUCAGGCAGUGAUAUUAGCAUAGAUGGCAGAGAUGCACAUUUGAUAUUAACUAUAAGUAAUAUAGCAGAAAAUAUGGAAGGUCAUACUCAAACAGAAAAGGGACUGCUAGAAAUGAUUGAAAAUCUUCCGUUGGUAAGCCAACCACUUCCACUUUGUGAGAUGCUACCAUUAACUACUGGCAAAGGUCUUGCAUUAGUUUAAUUGGUAUGUGUGCCCUAAAGGGAUAAAAGCU